AUGGCCAAAGCAACCACCCUUCAGGAGUUCGAAGCAGUCUUCCCAAAACUGGUUGAGGAUAUCCUUGACCAUGGAAGGGGAUACAAACUCCCAGACCAGUUCGUGGACUGGUAUAAAGCCUCCCUCAACGCCAACACCAUCGGCGGGAAAUGCAACAGAGGCAUGUCCGUUCCGGACUCGGUGUCUCUCCUCCUCGAAGCUCCUCUAUCCGAAGAGCAAUAUUUUCAGGCCGCGACAUUGGGAUGGAUGACCGAGCUCCUACAAGCCUUCUUUCUGGUCUCCGAUGAUAUCAUGGACACCAGCAUCACCCGCCGAGGUGCCCCUUGCUGGUACAGGCAACCCAAUGUUGGCAUGAUCGCUAUCAACGAUGCCUUCCUUCUCGAAGCCGCGAUUUAUAUACUUCUGAAGAAAUACUUCCGCCAGCACGCUUCGUAUAUCGACCUCAUCGAAUUGUUCCACGAAGUUACAUUCCAAACCGAAAUCGGCCAACUGUGCGAUCUUCUCACCGCCCCAGAAGACAAGAUUGACUUGGACAACUUCUCUAUGACAAAAUACCAGUUCAUUGUGAUCUACAAGACUGCAUACUACUCCUUCUACCUCCCAGUUGCCCUGGCUCUGUACCACCAAAACAUUGCCACGCCCAAGAAUCUCAAACAAGCAGAGGACAUCCUGAUCCCUCUUGGCGAGUACUUCCAAAUCCAGGACGAUUAUCUAGACAACUUUGGUCUACCGGAGCACAUCGGCAAGAUUGGCACCGAUAUCAUGGACAACAAGUGCUCCUGGCUAGUUAACCAGGCUCUCGCCAUCGCCACGCCUGAGCAGAGGAAGGUCCUUGAGGACAACUACGGCCGAAAGGACAAGGCGUGCGAAGCAAAUGUCAAGAAGCUAUUCGAUGACCUCAAGCUAGAGCAGCUGUAUAAGGACUAUGAGGAGAAGCGAGUUGGCGAGAUCAAGAAAAUGAUCGCCGAGGUCGACGAGUCUGAGGGGCUGAAGAAAACCGUCUUCGAAAGCUUCUUGGCUAAGAUCUAUAAGCGGAGUUAUGCUUGUGCUUGUGCUUGCCUAUCAUCGUAUGCAUAUUUCGGGAUCAAAGUAAAUGCCCUUGCACAUCAUACUUUUGAUGUUAUGGGCCUCUUCCUAGCCGACUCGGAUCAUCCUCAAAGCUUAACAAAACGUCUGCACAAGAGUAGCGUCACUGUAGACAAAAUGGGUGCAAGUGAUUGCUCAGCUUCACACACCAAAACCCUCAUAUCCGUCAUGUUAUUCUCACUACCAACCUUUUCCCUCCUGCUCGCCAGCAUCUUCAUCUCUCCUGCAGUCGCCCAGAUACAAUACACCAACGCCCUCAACGUAAAAUUCAUCGCCUACCUCAACACCAAAAACGACCUCACGCCCAGCAUCCAGCACUGGGAUCUAACUAAAAGCCCCAAUACACCAUACGCCAUUCUUACCCCACCAUCCUCCGUCCCAGAGCAGCUUUUCUACGUCAACGGAACUUGGUGGGACUCCUACCACAGCAUCGCCACACUUCUCACUGCAGAUGAUCCCACCAGGGGAGUCGUAACUUCCUCGCCUAAGGAUAGAGAUGCGGAAGGGCGUCGUACUGUGAGCUUGGAUAGCAGCGGAAUUGGUCAAGUUGGGAUUGGUGUUGUUCCAUUUCCAGGCGUCGAGCCUAAGUUGUAUAUUGAGAGUGGUGCUUUCUACGCUUGUUCGGAGAAGAAGGUGGGAGGUGUGCAGGUCUUUUUGAGAGAGUGGGAUGAAGUGACUCCGGAGGGUUGCGCGGAUGUUACGCUUUUGGCGCAGUGUGUGCAGGAUGGUCCAGUGCAUCCGACAGGCACGGAUGCAUAUUGCUGUGUCGAUGUUAGAGCUUACCAUUGUAGUUCUAAUUAA